GUCACGCAGGGAAGAAGAACCGUGUAGAAAGGGAUGAGCGCAAAGGAACUUUGACGCGGUGAUGGACGCUUUGAUGCGGAAUAUUCCGACGGGAGCUCUGGCGACGGCCGUCGUCGUGCUCGUUGUCUUCGCCAUUGUCGGCAAGUUUCUCAUGCAUCAGCGAAGACAAGCAAAUUAUCCUCCAGCUGUACCUGGUUGGCCAUUAAUUGGGAACCUGCUUCAGUUGAAGGAGAAGAAACCCUUCCUCACGUUCGUAAAAUGGGCUGAAGUUUAUGGUCCCAUCUACUCGAUUAAACUUGGUGCUUCCUCUAUUGUUGUUCUCAACUCGACAGAACUUGCAAAAGAGGCUCUAGUGACCAAAUUCUCAUCCAUAUCAACGAGGAAGCUUUCUAAUUCUUUGACAAUUCUCACAUGCAAUAAAGCACUUGUAGCCAUAAGUGACUACGGUGAAUACCAUAAAAUGGUUAAACGAUAUAUUAUUUCUGGCCUUUUGGGAGCGAAUGCCCAGAAGCAAAACCGUCAUCAUAGAGAUGCCAUGAUAGAGAAUGUUGUGACUAAUUUGACUUCUAAGAUCAAAGAUGAAGAUUUCUGUUUGGUGGAGCUUAGAGACCCAUUUCAAUCUGAGCUCUUUCGGUUGGCCUUUAAACAGACUUUAGGCAAAGAUGUGGAGUCCAUUUACGUGGAGGAACUUGGCGUGACAACAACAAAGAAAGAGAUUUUUCAGAGCUUAGUUGUUGAUCCAAUGAUGGGAGCUAUCGAAGUUGAUUGGAGGGAUUUCUUCCCAUAUUUGAGAUGGGUUCCUAAUAAAAGCAUGGAAAUAAAAAUUCAGCAGAUAGAAACACGUAAGAGGGCUAUAACAAAGGCCUUGAUUGAGGAACAAAGGCAACGUAUUGCUCGUGGAGAGAAAAUUAGUUGUUAUGUGGAUUACUUGCUGUCAGAAGAUACUAAACUAACUGAAGAGCAGUUCAUUACAUUGGUUUGGGAAUCGAUCAUCGAGACAUCUGACACCACAUUGGUCACUACAGAGUGGGCCAUGUAUGAGCUUUCGAAGAAUCAAACAUGCCAGGACUGCCUUUACCAGGAAAUACAUCAAGUAUGCGGGUCAAAGAAAAUCACUGAGGAGCAUAUUCAACACUUGCCUUAUCUAUGUGCUGUUUUCCAUGAGACACUCAGAUUUCAUUCUCCUGUGCCCAUCAUACCUCCUAGACAUGUGCAUGAAGAUACCCAGCUCGGUGGCUAUAACAUUCCAGCUGGGACUGAUAUCAUCAUCAACCUAUAUGCAUGCAACAUGGACAAGUGUGAUUGGGAGGAACCAGAAGCAUGGAAACCUGAGCGAUUCAUGUCGGACAAGUAUGAGCAAUUGGAUAUGCACAAGACAAUGGCUUUUGGAGGGGGAAAAAGAGUGUGCGCGGGCUCUUCUCUGGCAAUGCUAAUUUCCUGCACGGCUAUUGGAAGAUUAAUACAGGAGUUCCAUUGGAAGUUGAAGGAUGGAGAGGAGGAGAAUAUAGAUACUGUGCAGCUUACUACGCACAAGCGCUAUCCAAUGCAAGCGUAUAUAAGAGCAAGGGCAACCAUGACUUGAAAUAAGAUGACAUGGUUUGCAUGAAUUUAGGCUAUCAACAAUUGUCUUUUUUGUUGGGUCUCUUCUCGUUUCAUUUUGAUGAACAUUUUCUGAAGUAGUACAGGAAAUUGAAGUUUUUUAAGUAGAUGGUCAAUUAGAAUCUUCAUGAAAUA